AUGUGGCGGGCGGCGCUGGGCCGCGUGUGGUCGCUGCUGAGCCGCGCGCGGCCCCGGGGGCCCGGCGUGAGGCGGCUGUGGGGGCGCGGGGCCCGCCUGGGGGCCGCGGCGGGGGCCCGGCCCUGGCUCUGCGGCCGGCGGCGCUGGAGCUCCGAGCAGGGGCCCCGGGCGGCGCACUACCAGCUCGUCUACACCUGCAAGGUGUGUGGGACCCGGUCCUCCAAGCGGAUCUCCAAGCUGGCUUAUCACCAGGGAGUGGUCAUUGUGACCUGCCCUGGCUGCCAGAACCACCACAUCAUCGCGGACAACCUGGGCUGGUUCUCCGACCUGGAUGGGAAGAGGAACGUUGAAGAGAUCCUGGCGGCCAGAGGGGAGAAGGUGCGCCGAGUGGCCGGUGAUGGGGCUCUGGAGCUGGUGCUAGAGGCUGCGGGGGCCCCCGAAUCUACCACUGCGACUGAAGUGGGUGCGGACGAGGAUCCCAUCUCCCCUGGCAAGACAGAGCCCCGCUGA